AUGGUGAAGGAUGGUGUUAUUGAACCUUCAUCUAGUCCAUGGUGUUCACCUGUGGUGCUGGUAAAGAAGAAGGACGGCAGCAUGCGGUUUUGUGUUGACUACCGCCGCCUGAACGACGUUACAAAGAAGGACAGCUAUCCCUUGCCAAGAAUUGAUGACACGCUGGACAUGCUUACAGGCUUAAAGUGGUUUAGUACGCUGGAUCUGAAAAGUGGCUACUGGCAGGUUAAAAUUGACCCUAAGGACAAGGAAAAAACUGCAUUCUCCACAGGAAAGGGUCUGUGGCAAUUUAAAGUCAUGCCGUUUGGAUUGUGCAAUGCUCCAGCAACGUUUGAAAGGUUGAUGGAGCUUGUACUUACCGGGCUAAUUGGAGAUGCCUGUCUGGUCUAUUUGGAUGACAUCAUCAUCGUAGGCUGUACGUUUGAGGAACACCUUCAAAACCUGGAACGCGUGCUCAUGAAGAUCCAGAGUGCCAACCUCAAGUUGAGUCCGAAGAAGUGCUCACUAUUCAAACGGCAAGUUAGUUUUUUGGGGUAUGUAGUGUUGGAAGAAGGUAUCCGCACGGAUCCAGAGAAAGUUGCCGCUGUCAAGGAGUGGCCGAUUCCAAAAGACAAGACACAGGUUAGAGCAUUUUUGGGUUUGUGCUCUUACUAUCGGCGAUUUAUGAAGAACUUUGCAGAUAUAGCCAAACCUCUGCACAAGCUAACCGAGGAGAAGCGACAUUUCUGCUGGGAUGAAAGUUGCGAUAUUGCAUUCCAGGAGCUCAAGAACCGUCUGUGCAAAACACCUAUUUUGGGGUACCCUGUUGCGGGCAAGGAAUUCAUAGUUGACACAGACGCAAGUGAUAUAGGACUUGGCGGUGUGUUGUCUCAACGGAAUGGUGAUCAAGAGAUUGUGAUAGCGUACUUCAGCAAGUCGUUGUCAAAGCCGGAUAGCAACUAUUGUGUCACAAGACGGGAAUUGCUUGCUGUGGUAAAGUCCUUGCAGCAUUUUAGCAAAUAUCUCCUGGGGCGGAAAUUCUACUUACGAACUGACCAUGCUGCACUGAAAUGGCUAUUGCAGUUCAAAAAUCCGGAAGGACAAGUUGCGAGAUGGAUUGAACUACUACAGGAAUACGACUUUGUGAUCGAACAUCGCAGCGGGAAAUCUCAUGGCAAUGCAGAUGCAUUAUCAAGAAGACCUUGCCCUGAAGAUUGCAAGCAUUGUACUAGGCAAGAGGGUAAAGAAGUGGUAGACAUUGGAGAGGUACCUAGCAAAAGUUGUGGAAAAACGGCAACGAGACUGGGACAGGCACAUACAACCGUUUUUGUUGUCAUAUCGAAGCGCUGUUCACGAAAGUACAUCAGUGACACCGGCUUUCGCAAACUUUGGGAGGGAAUUGCGGCUGCCUGCAGACCUAAUCACCGGAAUACCACCUGA